AUGACCGCUCCAAAGCCAUACACGAUGCCAGACGCCACAAAGUCAGCCUUCCAAGCCAAUAACUGGACAAACUCACUCCUCAAGAACAACGCCUACCAGCCCAUCGAAACCUACUGCCGCAAGCCAAAGCCUCAGACGGGAGAAGACACCUUCAUCGCUACCAUAAUAAACACUCCAACCACAAUUCCGCAUCUCCUCACCCUGCAACGGAAACCAGAACAGCUCGCCAAACCUCCCUCCAAGGCUCCCUCCCUCCCAACCCCGCCAGAGCAAUGGCCAAAGAUCCCUUCAAACCAGCCAGCAGAUGUCGUCAACAUGCUCUACUUCGCCGAGCCAGACCUUAACGGUCACCCAGGCAUUGUUCAUGGCGGUAUCAUAUCCACGCUACUCGACGAACUGAUGGCCGUCAGUGUUGCUACACAUUUACCCGGCUUCGACUUUGCUAAUACCGAGAAAUUCGGCCAGCUGUUUACCGUGCAGUUGGAUGUUCGGUUCAAGAGGCCGGUUAGGGCUGGUGCUCAUGCUGUGCUGAGGACGUGGUGUAUUGGCAACGAGGGCCGUAAGUGGUGGGUUAGAGCUCAGCUGGUGCAAGAGGAAAGCCCGAUAAAGCCUAAUGGAGAGAAGGUCGAGUGGGUAAAGAAGAAGUACGUUUGUGCUGAUGCUGUGGGUUUCUUUAUCUUAGUUAAGGACUCGAAGCUUUGA